GUGUCUGCUGGGGACGUAGGAUAUGCUUAACAUUUCGAAUGCUUAUGAUUCGUUACCCACUAGAUGGUUCUUCUUUUUCUUUUUCUUUUUUCAUCGAAUGGGUUGUGUUUUUAUUGAUCCUUUAACCCUUGGUCCCAACCAACUACUCCAGAGUCGAACGCGGGCGGUCUGUUUGGAGAACCAAACCAAUACCAUGUUCGGUACCGAAUAGCAGGGAUGUUACUAUGUGACUGUUACGGAUAUCUGCCUAAAUUUUGGUACAGAUUGACGAGGAGAGUAUUCGGACAAGCAGAUCAAUCAUUUCUUCUUUUUACCUUUUUUUUCUUGGCCCUCUGAGAUCACCCGCAUGCUCCCCCGUUGCCUCUGUCAUCAUUCAACGUCUUUUACGGAAGAGGAUAAGAUACGGUGGUAAAGAAAAAUGCUAUGACGCGGGCGAGGAAUCCUCAUCACGCCGAUCAUCGUUGAGGUCUUCCGCAUUCGGCCAGAUAGAGUUUUUCCGGUCCAGGCACUGCAGGAUUUUUGGAAGAAGGUCCACCAACCGUUCCAUGAUCCCUUAUUUUAGUGCUAAGCGGGGGGGCAAUUUUGGAUUUGGAAUCUGUCGGUGGUCGCUAGGAUGUUAUGCCGCUUGCACCGGUACUGG